CUCAGUUUUGAUCUUGAUGAGUUGGGAGGGCUAAACCCACAUAUUAAACCAAAGUCACAUAUAUAACGAUAAAAACUCUUCUUCUACCAAAUUCUCCCAUGUAAUAUCUCUCGAAACUUUGGUUAAACUAUAAUGUAAUGUUAUAACGCUUGUGUUCCUUUGAGCCUUGAGGCCAUUAUAAAUUUAUACUUCUCUCUAAUCUGCUUUUGACUUUGAAAGAGACGUAAUUACCGACUAUGUAGGGAAGUGGCCCAAGAGGCCCAAUUCUGCAUAUUUGCUAAAAAUGGACGUUUUGCUCGAUUGUAGGGUUGCGGGCCAUCGAAAUGUAGGUGUUGGGCCUCAACGACAACCUAAAACCCUAAUCUCGAAGAAAAAGGGCAAACCAGUCAGUACCGGUCCAUUCAAGGUUAGAUAUUGAUGAUUUUUUUUGGUUCAUCCUUUUGAGUUAAUAGUUUUGGUUAAUUAAUGGUUAUAAACUCAAAUGAAAUCAAGAUUCUUGUCUUUUUAAGAGUGGUUAAUUUCUCAUAAAAAAAAUUAUCAUAUCUUGUACGAGAUCUAUAGAUCAUCAUGUAAAAGAAUAAUUUCGAUUAUAUCAACGUCUUUGUAAACUGAAGAACGUUCUAACAAACUUCAAAUGCAUAUGUUAUUGGGUCCAGGAUACAUACCCAUUCUUUGAGAGAGCUAACUUGUUAGGGUAAGCUUGAAAUAUGGACAAAUAGAUCAUUGCAUCAAUAAAAGAAGCAACCUUGAUCUCCACUUCAAGUGAUUACCUUUGGCCUUCUAGCUUUCAUUCUUUCAUUCUUUCUUUCUUAAAUUGCAAGUUGGAAGUGUGUUUCACUAUGCAAAGUAGCUCAACUUCCUUUCUUGUGGGUAGGUGCCAUGCAUGCUUUGCACAUAAAUGUAUGGCAACAUUCCUAUCCUUUAGUUUUAUAAGUAUGGCAAGAAACAUGAAUGGGUGAAUGAUGUACAUAUACCUAUAUCUUAGUUAAGCUAGAUUUUGCUUAAGCUAGAUCUAUACUUGUUAUGUGUAACAAGUUUUGUGUAUGAUAAUGAUUUUGACACCCUACCAAGAACAUCACGAUUGCAAUAAGUAGGCAGGCCCAAACUUGACAAAGCCACAGAAAAGAAAAGGAAGGAUAUUGAUUGUACUUAUUUUGUAGCUAGGAAGAAAGUUAUAGGGUGGUUGCCCAUGGCCUCAUUAUUUAUUGCUCUCAAGUAUCAGCAUCAAAUGGUAUGUAUAGUGUGUAGGGAUGGAUAAUUGAGUCAAUUUCAUUUGAGUGGUUUUCUUGAUUUGAUUUGAUUAGAGACCGUUCAAAAUGUAUUUUCGUUUUUCUUUUCAUAUCCGAUUUGCCAAUUAUAUGGAUCAAGCAUGUUAUAUCAAAUCAUAUAUUCGGUUUUUCAGUUUUGAAAACUUCUCAUAAGAUUCAUUGCAUGUACUCAUGCAUCUAUAAUUUGAUUUCAAGUGAGUAACUACUUAUUCAUUGUCACAUGUCUAACCUUUGUAUGCAGUUUUUGAGAAUUCUCGAUUCAUAUAUUGAAAAACACCAUAAUCUUCAAUUCAAAAUUUUUGCUUCAUGAAAAAAAUGUUGUGGAUGUAUAAGAUGUAUAAUGAGUGGGUGGAAUGGAAAGACCUACUGAUAGCGCCAUCGAAAGAGUUUUUUUCCCCAUAUAACGGUAAAACUCAAACACACAUAUCGAUAUUAGAAUCACUUCGUUAGUAACACCAUGCCCAUACGAGACGCAGUGGAUCAUGGUCGUGGUUUGAGUCGGUAUGAUGGAGAUAAUUAAAAAGGCCAUAGAUUCCAAAGUGCGUUCCCUUGAUGGGGUCGGACGACAACACAUAGCUAUUUGUAACCCCUAAUGAUUUUUUUUUUAUAAUGGUUGUAACCCCUCAAUGAUUAAUCACUCUCUGCAAUUAUUUAAUAAAACAUAUAACUUUAGAAUUUGAUUUUAUUUGAUUUGAUUAUUGGGGUGGAUUUGGCUGUUUGGGUGUGUUAAUCAAUCCCUUUAAUUACUUUCUUUCCAUUCCCACGCCGUCAUUAUAAACGACACCAAUUAUUAUUAUUUUCCCUUAUACUUCUCCUUUACCCAUUUAUGUUCUACAAUUUGGCUCGAGUGUUAGAUGACUUGUUACCCCCCCCCCCCCCUCCAUUAAUGUUUAACAGGUAUUGAUGUUCAAUGAUUCAUACUCUGUGUAAAAAAAAUGAUGUUUUGCUCGAUUAUAAUAAUUGUAUUAAAAUGCUCGAAUUAGUGAACCAUAUUACUUCAUGUCAUUCAUCUUUUGUUUUUAUAAGUUUGAAUUCAUAGUAUAAUAAGUUAGAUUAUAGAUUUUUUCCCAUUCGGUCAAUGCAUGUUUAAAUAGUCAUUCCAUGUAGCAACAUGAUGAAAGCAAGUUUUGGGCGUCUAAACAGUCAUCCCGACACAUGUAUGAUAUAAGCAAAUCGAGGCAUGCAUGAGCCAACCUCACAAGGAUAUACUACAAAUGGUACGCCCUAUCAAUCAGACAAAGAGGUAGACACAAGCCAACUUCUAGAUCUGAUGAUCAUUCUUGUCAACUGCUCUAUAAUGACUAAAAUACGUUCAUUCUAUCGGUUAUGGAUUACAUUAGCUAAUCCUUUUUGGUUAUAGCCAAGGAGAACAUAUCCAUUGCCCCACACACAAGCAUGCAUUUGACUCCCACACCCACUUAUUUGGAUUACAUAUAAGAUAUCACCCGGUGGAGUGGUGAAUUGGUGAUGAAUGAUGCAUGAAAAUGUAUUGGUGAAGUAAAGAGGAGAAGUGAGGGCUUGGACUUCCCAUGUAUUGAAGCAAAUUAAUAGUCCCUUUACUACCAAGAAUUGGUUCCAUCAUAAGCAUCAUUUACUACCAAGUACUAGUUAGAAGAAGGAUAGCAAUAAACAAAUAUGCUUCAGGCUAGCUUACUAUUAGAGAAUUCAUAACUUUGAUUAUCGUGAGUUUAAAUUGGACACUCGUUGUAUAUUCUCUCUUUCCACAUUGCAUAAAUUCUAUUUGUGAUAAGAGAAAAAUAAAACAAACAUAUAGAGAGAAAUACAACUCCAUAACUUUGUCCUAAAACUACACACACAGUAGGAAUUAGUUAUAUCGAAGAGCCCAAACUAUAUGCCAAAGCAUCAAUAUUAAGAAUACAACCCAAUUUAGACAAAAUAGACUAAAUGACCAAAGUGUGAGACUGUGAUUUUGAUUCUUCCAAACUUUUUAGUGAUGAAUUUGCUUAAAAAUCAUUUGUCAGUGACUUACAAGUUCAGUGACCAAUCCUGUAAUUAACCCCACAAAGUAGCAGGCCUUCCACUGAGGGAGAAAUCCGAAAACAGCUGCCCAAAUUUGGUGCCAGAUGCCAAAUAAACCCCCGAAUUACUGACUUUGUCUCUCUGUUAUACAACAAAACAACCAAUUAAGCCAACAGAAGAAUCGAAAGGUUGACUGCAAUGAAAGAAUAUUUGCCUGCCUUCCAUGGCGCCAACGUUCGCCUUAGUUCUCUGCCUCGAUCUCUUACAGCACAAAGAACGCGCCUUUUUCUGACACACACACAAAACCAUAAAACAAACAUCCCUUCUCCUAAAAAAAAGAAGUUCAUUCCUUUCGAUCUACAAGAAAGCUUUCUUUUAUAGACAGUUUUUUUUUUACUGAAAUCUUUUAUAGACAGUUUCUAGACCAUAAAUAUAAUUUCUUCUCUUUUUUUCCUUUUCCUCCUUCCCCAUCAUUUUAAUCCCUUCCCUCCAUCUCCUUCCAAGUUCCAACCAUUUUCAGGGUGUAAAUUUGGAAGGAGAAAACCAAAUAUUGUUAGGCCUUAAUUACUCUGUUAAUUUUUUUUUCGUUCUUCCUGGGAUUUUCUUCCAUCCCCCCUGCUCUAGGAGACACUUCUUGAACUGGGUUUUGUUCCUUUUCUUUUCCCCUCAAUUACACAGGUUCUUGAUGAUAAUCAGUCUGGGGAAGAAAUUCUGAAGGCUACGGUGAGAAAUUGGAUAAUGGGGAUGACACAAUGAGCUGAAAUUCUCAAAUGGGUGUGCUGUGAUUUCUGCAAAAUUUCUCGUUUGGAGGAGGGCAAAAGCUAAGAGUUCUUUGGGCGUGGAGAGAUUUCCCCGAUCCUUUCCUUGCGGAUUAUUGCAGAAGUUUUGAUUCUUAGGUAUAAAAAAAAAUUUCUGGGCUUUUUGGUGCCGGCUGUUUGUCUGAUUCUCUGGGGUGAAAAGAAAGUUCGGUUCUUUAUGCAAAAGGAUGUCAUUUCUUGAUUUGUAGUAUCGUUUUGUUGUUUGUUAUGGUGGAUUUCUCGGAGUUCACGAGAGAGAGGGAGUGGGAUUGCUCCUUUUUAACUGACGUAUAUGAAAUCGGGUCAGGUCACAAUCCAAGAUUCCAUUGUUCAUCGCUUUCCUCCUUCCAUUCGGCCAUUUUGAGCAGUUAGAGCUCCAGAGUAAAUAAGAGAUAAAAGAAAGAGUGGCUUGUAGUUUUGUUUGGACUCUCUUUUUCUCUCCAAUUCACUUGUGGGGGAAUUUGGAGAAUCUAUCAGAAAAAAAGGGCAGUGAGAUUCCGGUUGCAGGUGGGAAAAAGCCCCCAAUUGUCUGUAGAUUUCACUGAAUUGGGGGCUUUUGAUUUUGGUAUAUGGGAGAAAAGAACAGUCUUUCUUUCUUUAUUCUUUCUGGGUUUUCUUUUGCUGUUCGUCUGAUGUCUUUUCAUGGAUGGAUGUUUGAACAGUUGAAUUGUGUGUGUAUGUUGAAGCCCAGCAAGAAGAAAGGGGGAAUUUCUGUUGCUUUUGUGUUACAAUGAAGUUUCUGAGCCUGGUGGGGAAUUCAUUUGGCUGUUCGGCAUCUGGGGAAAGAUUAGUUUCAGCUGCUAGAGAUGGUGAUCUUCAGGAAGCUAAAGCCUUGCUUGAUUGGAAUCCAAGGCUAGCCAGAUACUCUACUUUUGGAGUCAGGAAUUCUCCUCUUCAUUACUCUGCAGCACAGGGCCACCAUGAGAUAGUUUCACUAUUGCUCGAGUCUGGUGUGGAUAUCAACCUGAGAAACUACCGUGGCCAGACUGCAUUGAUGCAAGCUUGUCAGCAUGGCCAUUGGGAAGUUGUGCUGACUCUGAUCCUCUUUCGAGCUAAUAUUCACAGAGCUGAUUAUCUGAAUGGUGGUACGGCUCUACAUUUGGCUAGCUUGAAUGGUCACACGAGAUGCAUACGCCUGCUUCUCUCCGAUUACAUCCCCAGCAUUCCCUAUUGCUGGGAGCUGUUGAGGAGCAGCAACGAAUCGUCGCAGAAGGAGUUGAUCUCUGAAUUCGAUGAAGGUGCUCUCCAUGAGGUAAUCAACAAACCUGCUGAUGGGGGAAUUACAGCUCUGCACAUGGCUGCACUGAAUGGACACGUAGAAACUGUUCAAUUGCUUCUCGAUUUGGGAGCUUCGGUCUCUGAAGUCACUGUGGAAGAUGGGACGACCAUUGAUCUGAUAGGAGCUGGAAGCACACCUCUGCAUUAUGCUGCUUGUGGUGGAAACUUACAAUGCUGCCAAAUGUUGAUUGCCAAGGGUGCCUGUCUUGAUGCUGAAAAUGCAAAUGGAUGGACUGCUUUGAUGGUUGCUCGAUCAUGGCAUAGAAAUGAGAUAGAGGAAAUUCUCAGCAGCCAACCUGCAGAGCAACAACAUCAACAGCAGAUGUGUCCUUCGUCAUAUCUCUCGCUUCCUCUGAUGAGCAUCGUUAAAAUUGCUCGGGAAUGUGGAUGGAGGAACAACGAUCUCAUUCCUUCGUGCCAGGAUCCAUGUGUUGUAUGCCUUGAAGCAAGGUGCACUGUUGCUGCGGAAGGCUGCAACCACGAGUUCUGCACUCGAUGUGCAUUAUACCUAUGCUCAACAAUCUGCACCUCUAUGGCUUCCCAAGGCCCCCCGGGCUCAAUUCCAUGCCCAUUAUGCCGCCAUGGGAUAGUCUCCUUCGCCAAACUCCCCGGAACAAGGGCAGCCCGAAAGUCCAUGGGACACAGAACAACCUUAUCACUCCCAUUCUGUGCUUGUUCAUCGGAGGAGCUAGAACCGAGCUUGCUGAACGCACCAGCAUACAAGCCGGACUUCCACUGCACGAAGUCGUCCUCAUUUAGGUCAUUAAGCUACCAAAAGUUCCCCUCAAUGAAGUUCAAUACCAGCCGAUGCAUUGGAGCACAGGACACUGAUUCGUCGCUGGUACCUUCCUCUGUUGAUCCAAGCAUCAGGGAACAGCUAGUGAGGUGCUCAAGGUCGAGGAUCAGGGGAUCGGGUUCUAACCACGAACGAAGGAGGUCCUGGAUGUCGACUCUGAAUCAAAUGUGAUACGCUUUGAGGGAUCAUUGUAAAUAUCAGAAAGAGAGAGAGAAGUGAAAGAAAGAAGCUACAGACAAUGGAAUAUUUGUGGUACUUCUAGCUUGAUUCCUCUUUGUACAUAAGAAAGAAACACAACACAUCCAUACUACUCAUAUUACAUGUACUUUAUUGAAGGUCUGAAGUUUAAGACUUCAAUCUGCUACUUGUGUGGCUAAUUUAUUGAUCUCCGAGGCUGAUUUCUCCCCAUUUCUCCAGUUCUGCUACAUGGAUUUCCCAGAAAGUUACGAGAGUUAGUACAAUACCAAUAGAACAGAAGUACUAGGAAAGAAACAAUAUAUCCGAUUCUCGUAAUUGCACUAGGUAAACAAUACCAAUUCUUCUUUAUUAAAGAUGAAGAUAGUUACAUAACCAAUUAGCCAAUGAAGGCCUAAGCUCAAGAGGAAUAGCUAAUAUGAAAAAACGCAAUCUAUCUACCAAAAAAUAAACAAAAAGACUAUCUACAAAGUCUUGCAAGGUCAAGAAAACAAAAUGAAAAUGCAACAAAGGAAACUAACAAGGACAAAAGGUAGAGAGAAAGAUAAGCUCGAUCAGGAUAGCGUCGUGUUAAAACUAUGAUGCCCAUUUCAUCCUCCGGUACUUGUAGUUUGAUGGAGGGAGACAGGCGUCAUGGGACGAGGUGCAUGAAUGAACAGUUGAAAGAGCCAUUUGCAGGUCUUUGGAGUUAAAUCUGUACCAGGAAGAUGGGACUGCAAAUGAGAGGAAGGAAGUUAUGGAGGAUGAAGAUGAAUAAGGAGACGAGACACAGGUGAAAGAAAUGGGAAGGUGAGGGGAAUGGAGUGAAGUGAUAUAAGAAGGAAAGAGCAGAUGGGUUGUGAAGGGAUGAAUGGAGUUUAUAUAGAGGAAAAGGGCAGAGACUAGAGAGAAGAGCUGUUUGGGUUUUUUGGAAGAAGUAAAUGUGGAAACCAGGGAAAAGGUACUGACAAUUCCCAAAAUGUGUUUUUGGUUCUCAUAGAAAAAGAGUCAUAUGUACAUAAAAACACUAUUAUUUCAUCUUCCUACUAAUUGUUCAUUCACUUGAUAGAGAAGAUUACUCUUAUUAUAAUCUCAACAACAUUAGAAUUGAAUCCACAUUGGAGGGUUUGAGGCUUCAUGAGAGAAGACUAGAUGUGGUGUACUAAGUGAUCUUAAAGAAUUCAAACCUGGUUCUCCCUCUCUCUCUCUCUCUCUCUGGUCUCUCUUCCUUCUCCUUCUCUCUCUCUACAGUCUCUGACUUAAUGAGAAGUCUAGGAUUGUUACUCAGAGGACAGAAGGAGAGGAACCCAAAAAGCUAAGAGGGGAAAGGCUCCGAGUCUGAAGUAAGAGAGAAGAAGGAAGAGAAGAUUAUAGCAUAAGAAAGGUGUAAUGUGACAUAACAGCAUCUCACCACCAUUUCAUCCCUCUCCCAAAGUACUCUUCUGUCUCUCGAUGAUCAAGCAGUAUCUUUUGCCCUCUCAUUUACGCAAAGAUUGGUGAUCAUAAGUGAAAGCUGUAGUAUAUACUAUACUACUAUAUAUGCAUCGUCUUUGACCAUUCCUUGUAUAUGUUUUCACAACCCUGUAAUAAAAUCUUAUGAACGUUUAACUUGGAUUCGAUGUUUUUAUUUAUCGGUAAUUGUGGAAUUAUCGGUCCACAUAACUCAAGUUCUAAGGAGAUGUUCGUACAAAUGCAUCAUAUUGUGGUCCUUAAUGAUGAGGAUUGACUGGAUUGUUGGUGUUAGUAAACGUCUAUUAGCAAAAAAGGUUAUGAUACCAAUGUUGGGAAUCAUUUAUGUUACAAUAUAACUCAGUUGUUAGGAGAGAUUGAAGAACGAAUUAUAGGUCAAAAGGUGUAGACAGACUAACUGGAUUUCAUUUAAUCUAUUACGAUUAGGAGAGCAAAGUGGUGCUCGAUGACUCUAACAAUCGUCAUCGUCAAUAAUUGCAAACUUUAAAG